GGAUCUUCCAAAAAAGAAAACAAGGAUAGCAAAAAGAUAAAGAAUCGGGAAGGAGUUGAAAUCAAGAUCACUCCAGAAGAAGCUAAUCGUGGGUAUGCCUAUAAACGUGCCUAUAAAAAGGCAGUCAAGACCGCACAAGCUAUAUUACAUCGGAAUAUAGGUAAUACCUACGAGAUAUUUCAUGGAGAAUGGCUAAACUUUGAAGACUUUAAG